AUGGAGCCCAACCCCAAAUCACAGCAAUCUCCCGGCGCAAUCGACCCCUCCGAUGCGUCCUCCCGCCCCACGCAUCAGCUGGACGGCGUCAAGGUGGGCGAUGACGGCGUCCAGCUCCUCGUCUCAACAAAAGACCACCUAUACAACGCCAAGAAUGUCGAGGCCGGAGCGAACUCAUGGCAGGUCAUCGGUGCGUGGAACGACGCCUCGGUCCAGGAACUCGCCAAGAUGAUCAACCAGCGCCAGGCCUCGCUCAACCGAGAGACUUCGACCGCAGCGGGCUUUGGGAGUUACGGUACUGGUUAUACUCUUAGAGCGCCCGGGGGUGCAAAUGUUGGGAUUGUACCGCCACAGAGGACUGAAUAG